AUGUGCAAGAGGUAUCAGAAGAGCGAUUGUGAUAACGAGGAGUUGACACAACCAGAAAUAGGAAAGCAGCAGCCAAGGAUGGCAAUCAUGAGCAUGGCUGAGAGAACUCCCCAUCUAGAGUCGAGUCUACAUGUGCUGCGUGUGGGCAAGAACAAGAGUGUGCCUCCAGAAUUAGCAGUAAGUUAUGGCUUGCUGGUGAGGUCAAGUGGGUGGAUGGGUAGCUCAAGUUGGCUGUUGAGAGUAAUGGUCAUCUUGAGUGGUGUCGUACAAGGGACAUCGUCUAACAGACAGUCAGCUUGGCAAUUACAAACUGAGUGCAAAUCCCAAAGACAACAGUUUGAUGUGGAGACCGAAGUUGUCACAGUCGAAGUCGAAGUCGAUAAUGGUUCAGAAUGGUUCGGCCUUGCCGAACCAGAACGGGACAAUGGUGGAAGACCUAGAACCGAGAACCAUUUUCCAGUCCGGUUCUGGCUGGUGUGCAUGAUGUGCCACCACAAGGGCACUGCAUUCUUCAAACUCGUCUCCUUGCAACCAACAGAUCUUGGCAUCAGUAAUUUUGCACUAAGUGAGGAGGAGUAUGUGCAGGCCAAACAAAAGGUAGUGCAAUACAAGGCCAAGGGCACCUUCAGCAUCAAGAGAUCAAUGGCCAACACAAGGAUCAGCAUACUGAUUGAUGUCAUCGCAAGGAAUGGGUGUAUGAUACCAAUGUUUUGCAAAGCCAGAGGAUCUAGAAUAGAACACGCUCAGAGGUUGAAGACAACGACUAUAAUCAUUCUUAGUACCUAG